GCAUCCCUGGCAUGUGGACAGGCAGCCUGCUGCUGCCGCCCUGCCCAGAUGGAGUCGUGACCCCAGCUUCCCCAGCCCCACGGAGGCGGGUGGGAGGGGGUGCUGCUUCAUGGCCUCCAACCCUGGGGCUGUCCAGGAAGGGGGGAGGGCAGGGCACCCAGGCUGGGAGGGGACAAUGGAGCAGCAGGGGGAGAGCAGCAGGGGGAGAGCUGCUGGGAAGGUAUUUACUGAAUGCACCGCCUGCCUUUUCUCAGGGGGCACCCCUGAUGGAGGGAGAUUCUGGAUGACCUAGUUUGGGAGAGUGGGGGUGUGAGGACAAGAACAAGUCCUGGACCUUGGGUGGCUGACCCUUUUGUCCAGUCCUGACAUAGUUUUGGGGGGGCUGGCAGGGUCAUGGGAGCCCUGGUUCUGAUGGGUGCAGGAGCAAGCUCAGGGUGGCUGCCCCUGCCACCUUGCCCCCAGGGCUCUCCCUGGGAACCGGAACCAGCAGUUCCAGCGUCCAUCUCCGCAGAGGGGGUGGGGCCGGAGCAGUCCAGCCCCUCCCUGGACAAGGGCCUCAAAUACCCUCCUGGGCCCUGGCGCCACAGCUGCUUUGGCCAAACCCGGGGAGCCGGUCUUGUGCCACAGACACACCCCCAGCCUGGAUCUCCAACCUCAGUCCUGAGCCUCAGAUACCGCCCCAUCCACAUCCCAGGUGAGUCCAGGGACAGGGCUGACCAGGGGCCUGGAUGGGGAUGUGGUCCCUCUAUUUGGGCCUCAGUUUCCCCAAAGAGUAGAAUGGCCACGGUAAGCCUAGUGCACCAUUGGGGAGACGUGGAGACGCAGGGGAAGGAUGCGCCUUGGACCUCCGAAUCAAAGGUCCCUGCCCGGCCCCUGGGGCUGGGGCGGAGAGGGGUGGCUCUGUGUCUGACGCCAGGUCCGCGCUCAGGACCGUGUCUGUCCCUCCCAGCCCAGCCCCUCUGCGCCAUGGGUGGGCCCCGGGUCCUGCUGGCCGCGCUCUGGGCCCUGGGGGCCGCCGGAGCAGCAGCGCUGCGCAUCGGAGCCUUCAACAUCCAGAGCUUUGGCGACAGUAAAGUGUUGGACCCGGCCUGCGGCGGCGUCAUUGCGCAAAUCCUGGCUGGCUAUGACAUCACGCUGGUGCAGGAGGUGCGAGACCCGGACUUGAGCGCCGUGUCCGCGCUCAUGGAGCAGAUCAACAGGUGCGGGGAGGGGGGCGGGGGACAGGGCCCGCGUUCGGAGCCCAGGCCCGGAUCGCGGGGCUUGGUCCCGUGCCUUGACCCCGGGCCUGGCCCGUGUCUCCGCAGCGUGUCCAGGCACGAGUACGGCUUCGUGAGCAGCGAGCCCCUGGGUCGGGACCAGUACAAAGAAAUGUACCUGUUCGUCUACAGGAAGGACGCGGUGUCGGUCGUGGACACGUACCAGUACCCGGACCCGGAGGACGCUUUCAGCCGUGAACCUUUCGUGGUCAAGUUCUCGUCCCCCCGCUCGGCUGCCGGGGAGUUAGUGCUCAUCCCGCUGCACGCAGCGCCGCACCAGGCCGUGGCGGAGAUCGACGCUCUCUACGACGUGUACCUGGACGUGAUCGACAAGUGGGGCACGGACGACUUGCUGUUCCUGGGCGACUUCAACGCGGACUGCAACUACGUGCGGGAGCGCGACUGGCCGUCCGUCCGCCUGCGCAGCAGCGAGGUCUUCAAGUGGCUCAUCCCCGACAGCGCCGACACCACCGUGGGCAACUCGGACUGCGCCUACGACCGCAUCGUGGCGUGCGGCGCCCGCCUGCGCAGGAGUCUCAAGCCCCAAUCUGCCGCUGUGCACAACUUCCAGGAGGAGUUUGGCCUGGACCAGGCUCAGGCCCUUGCCAUCAGCGACCAUUUUCCUGUGGAGGUGACCCUGAAGUCGCACUGAAAGCCCUCAAGGCCAGACUCAGGCCAGGAGAACAGCCCUACAGGGCUCCUUCUGGGUGGCUGGCCAGCCCCCAGCAAGGCCGCAGGGCAGGGUUGGCUGGACAAGCGGCUACGAAACAUCACAGGACCACUCAGUCUGUUUGCCCAUCUGUGAAAUGGGCUAUCUACCUCAUAGGGUUGUGAGGAGCAGCUUGCAGAGUGCUGGGCACACGGCUGUGCUCAAUAAACACGAGCGAGUGCUCAGCCAGGACCACGCUGGUCAGCUUCAAGGCCUCCGUGUCCUUUCUUAGGACUCAACCCCUCUGAGGCCCAAACUUUGGUCCUGCAGCCCAGUGGGUCCCGGGUCCCCACCCCCUAGGGGACAGGGAUGGCCUGGCCUGCCCAUUCACUCCCUGCUCGGGACAGAUGCCCUCCAGACCAGGCUGGCUCCAGAACGCUGCUCCCAUGCUUGUUAGUGGGAGCUUGUUGCUUUCUUUGUGCAAACCAUACAUGCUUCCAAGAACCCGUGCUGAGUGCAGCUGGGCAUAAACACACAGCUUCGGCAUUGACACGCAAGGCCAACCUCCCCGUCCCUGUUGUCCCUCCUGCCCCCCGAUUCCCAGGUCCUGCAGACCUCGCAGACACUUGUAUCAGGGGCCCUGUCCUGCCCAGCAAUGCAGGGAGCAGGCAGUCAGAAGCCCCCCCGCCAAGUCCGUGGGCUGCCCUGGGACAUCUGGGGAGCCCUUCAGUGGUGAUUCCUCACACAGCCCAGGCAGGUGGGACCCACACACCCCUUGUGCACACAUAGCCCCUUCCAUGGGGCCACCCUGGGUCGGCUCCUUCUCAGAAGCCCUGGGCCGGGCAGAGGCUUAUCAGGGAGAACCGCAGCCUGUGUCCUGGAGAAGCCUGUCAACCAAGGAUUGGGAAUGUGCAGAACUGGGGUACAGGGGCCCAGUGAGGUUUCUGGUUUUGGAAACAACUCCACUUGGGUCUGGGAAGUGGCCUGAACCAUAUGGAGGAAAAACCUUUGUUUCAAAAGUCUGGACGAGUUUUCUGGUGUGAUCUUUCUAAGACUGGGGCUGCUGCAGCACAGACCCACCAGUACUGCCUCCCGUGCCCCUCGCUAAGCUCCCCACCCCAGUCUCUGGACCAUUGCGCCCCCUCUGUCUCAGUGGGCGGAUGUAGUGGCCAAAGAGCUUUCCUCUGGGGAGAUCCUGUGUGGGUCACUGGCCCACAACCUGGGGAUGAGCCCCCAGCAGUCAGGCAGCUGGGUAGCUAG